GUUACUUUUUAUCGACCAGAGUGAAAUAUUAUUGUCUCUCCAAUCAAAAACUCGUUUACUGAUACAUACAUAGUAUAUGUGGUGUGCAAAAAUUGUGUUGUUUCACCAUUUUUAUCAUUAUCAUUAUCACAUUUCCGAUGUCUCAUCAUGCUUUUGGUUCUGGAAAUAACCUCUAUAGAUUGGAUAGUGUCUUCAAUGAAAGAGCAGGACCGAGGAUGCCAGGAACACAAGGUGAAAGACGAUAUCGUCACCCGGUUGUGCCAAUUUCAUCCACAGAUGCUCCACACUAUGCACAAGCAUCACAGUUAUAUCCAAUGAGGAGUACUUCAGAACGUGAUAAUGUUUACUGGUAUAAACCUGGAUCGCUUGGAAGAUCAUCUCAGAUAAAUACAUCAAGUGCAAGUGGUCAAGCCAUAGUCAUACCAGUUGUACAUUUGGGUGCAUCAAGAGGACAUAGUGCUUCAAUUUCGUCGAAUUUAACUAGCCAUUCAUCAGAAAGUGGAGACAAUACAACAAACCCACCUCAGACUGACAAUGGUGAAAGUGCUAGAUCUCCUACAUUCAGAUCUUCAUCUGUACUUACCACCGGCAAUCGGUCAAUAGGUCGACCAGCGCCGCCUCUUUCUGAUCCCGAAGCUGAAGUAGAUGCGCUUACAAAUCUUCUUAUGCAAAGUAUGGAGACUCGAUCAUCUGGAUCUGCAAUAGGCACCAGUGGAACACUACCUUCUGGUACAGAUGGAGCAAAUUCAUCUCCAGCUGGAAGCCUAAGACGUGGUAGUGGUAUAAAUUCCCAAUUGGGACGUUUACAACAACACGCUAGUCUGAAUCCUGUCACAGGAGGAAAUGUGAACGGUGGUCGAGGCAGCCCACUAACAACUGCCGUCGUCACAGCAGCAUCAACUACAGGCAGCUCAUCCACGAAUUCGCCAACUGAAUCCUCUUCAAGUAUGUGCAAUUCUAAUGAAACUGCUGGUGCUACUGGAACAAUAACAAAUACAUCACUAGGACAAAAUAUAUGCUUUCGAUGCCGUCGACCACUUCUUCCACCAGAGGGUAGUACACUCAGUGGCAAUUUGACUGCAACAAACAAUGUUGUAACUCUGACUGGUGCUCUAGGUGUUCGACUUCAUGUAGCUUGCUUUACCUGCUAUCGGUGUGCAGCUCCACUGAAAUCAGACGCUUACUAUCAUAAUCUUCGACGAUUGUUGUGUCCAGCUUGUGUGCGUGAUGGAGCUGUGGAAACGUGUUCAAAUUGUCAUAGACCUAUCGGAGACAGAGUGGUUCAUGCUCUUGGAAUGCCCUACCACCCGAAUUGUUUUGUUUGUGUUGUAUGUGCUGGUCGACUUGACUCUCGACCAUUCACUAUUGAUGUUCACGGUCGGCUGCACUGUUUAACUGAUUUUCAUAAACGAUACGCUCCAAGAUGUGCAUCAUGCGGUAGACCGAUUGUACCAGAUCCAGGUUGUCAAGAGGCAAGACGUGUUGUCUCAGGAAAUUCAAAUUACCACCUAGAAUGCUUUGGAGUACAAACGCUACCGCAAAAUUCGAAUUUAAAAGCAGCUGCAUUUAAAGUAAGCGGUAGUGUGGCCAGUUAGUUCCAAUUAUGAAUCUGGCAGAGAUAUAGGAGAGACUUUCUGAACACUGGAUUUGUUUUAACCCUACAUAUUAUUAUAUUACACCAAAAAAAAGCAACAACAACAACAGCGGUGUAUCAUAAUCUAACCGCAUAUUGUUCAUGCUCUACUAAUCAUGAACGAUACACUGGGUCUCAUACUGCUUCCUUCAGAAUUGCAACACUUUUUGCGCUUAUUCUCACUUUUGUUUUUGUUGUUGUUGUCGUCAGAAAAUCAAUAAUGAAAUGCUUGUAUAAAAUAAAGUAAGCAUUCAUCAUUCACACUUUUCUCUUUGUUCAAAUUGAAUUUUGUAAUUUAAUAAAUUUAAAUCACCGAAAGUACCCAUUUGAGUCAUGAAGAAAAUAAAAGACUAAUUCAGCG